GUCACAAACAGGUCGAGCUGAAAUAACUUCAUUCUCUCUCACCACCACAGAGUCUGUACGGCAGAAAACUACGGAUCUUAUGAACCUACACAGCUUCAUGACAACAUGAGCUUAAUAUAUAAAGAUCCUGUUGAAUCGCCUGGUUCACAAGAGCUCAGGAUUGUGUUACUGGGAAAAAAUGGAGUAGGCAAAAGUGCAAUGGGAAACAUGAUUCUGGGCAGAAAAGCAUUUAAAGAGACAAACACCAGAGAGAGUGAAGUACAGAGAGGAAGAGUAGACAAUAGAAACAUCGCAGUUAUUGACACUCCAGGAUUCUUCAACCCUGAACUGACGGAUGAAGAUCUACAGAAUGAAAUGAUGAAGAGUCUUUUUCUCUCUCAUCCUGGUCCUCAUGUCUUCCUGCUCAUAGUCAGACCGGACAAGUUUACAGAACGCGACGUUGUGAAGAUCUUAAAACAGAUUCAGGUGAACUUCGGCAAAGAAGCUUUUAAGUUCACCAUGGUGCUGUUCACUGAGAAGCAGACGAUGUCGAAAAGAGAAUGGAUCGAGUUUAGACUGGAGAGGAAAACUAGAGAACUUCUAAGCUUCUGUGAGGAAAAAUGUUACGUGAUAAAUUAUAAAAACAAGAGCGAUAAAAAGCAGAUCUGGAAUCUUUUGGAGAAUAUUGAUGAGAUGGUGAAGAGGAACGAUAGAGAACCUUCCGCUCAGAUCUAUCUGAAGGCGAUGAGGAGGAAAUCACAAGAAGCCAAAGACAGAAUGGAGAAGAAAUCUCAACUCAGUCUAGAGGAAGAACACAACACAGCAGACAGAUGUUUGACUUCAGAGGAGAAUAUAAAACCAGAAAAUCAUUCAAUAACAGAUGUGAGGAUUGUUCUUCUGGGUAAAAGUGGACCAGCUAAGAGCUCAACUGGAAACACAAUUCUUGGCAGAGAUGCAUUUACAGUGAAUAAGAGAUUUCUGUCUGCAUCUGAGACCUGUGAGAAACAACAAGCACAAGUGAGUGGAAGAAACAUCACAGUAGUGAAAACACCAGGACUGUUGGAAACACCUGAAGAGAAACUGAAGUCUGAGAUGGAGAAGUGUGUAGAGAUGUCAGCUCCCGGUCCUCAUGUGUUUCUUCUGGUCAUCAGACUGGAUGUGAGAAUCACUGAAGAUGAGAUCAAUUUAGUGAGAUGGAUUCGGGAGAAGUUUGGAGAAGACGCUGCACGUUACACCAUCAUUCUGUUCACUCGCUCUGAUGAGACAAAGAAUAAAUCAUUAGACCAAUAUAUCACAGAGAGUUCAGAUCUACAGACAUUAAUAAAUGAAUGUGAAGACAGAUAUCAUUUCUUCAACUAUGAGGACGCAGAGAACCGUGCUCUGGUCACAGAACUGAUGGAGAAGAUCGAGAAGAUGGUGAUGAGAAAUGGAGGGAAACAUUGCACUAGUGAGAUGUAUAUAAUAUUUCAACAGAAGAUGGACAGUGAGAGAGAACAGAAAGCAAAAGAAAACAGAUUUAACUGGUUUAAGGGGAUGAUGGUUUUGUUAGUAGGGGUUAUAGCAGCUGCAGCUAUUGCGACUAAUGGACUCGGUGGAUGAAUUGGCAAACAUUCUAUUAACAGAAAUAACCAUGAUAAUAAAGGGUAUUUGAAUUUGUUAGAGAUUAUACUUUAAUUGUGUAAAAUUGUUUUAAAAAGGACAUCAAGAUUAUCGCAAAUUUUUUAUUGUUUUCUAAGCCUGUGCCUCAUUUUGCCAAAAAAUAUUUUGCACAAUACUGCAUUAUUACAAAAUAUAAAUUCUAAUUUAUUGAUUUAAUUAAAGCUUUAUAGUGUCUAA